CCGAGUUACGCCUCAUUUCUUCUUCACCUCUCUCUCUCUGUGUUGUCUCUCUCGCGCGAAGCGCUCAUCUUUGUGUUGUUUUCGUUUUUUUUUGUUUUUUCGUUUUUUUGUUUUUCUCUUAUCGGAGAAGAGAUGGUGGCGGCAGCUUUACUCCCGGAGCUCUGGACGGAGAUCCUUGUGCCUAUUUGUGCGGUUGUCGGAAUCCUGUUUUCGCUCUUCCAAUGGUACGUUGUCUCUCGUGUGAAGCUUACCACUGACCUCGGCGCUUCGUCUUCCGGUGGGAAGAAUGGUCACGGUGAUUAUCUAAUCGAGGAAGAGGAAGGUAUUAAUGACCAGAGUGUUGUCGCUAAGUGCGCUGAGAUUCAGACUGCUAUAUCCGAAGGUGCAACUUCAUUCUUGUUCACGGAGUACAAGUAUGUUGGUGUCUUCAUGAUUUUCUUUGCUGGUGUUAUCUUUGUUUUCCUCGGCUCUGUUGAGGGAUUCAGCACUGAGAACAAGGCUUGCACUUACGACACCACCAGAACUUGCAAGCCUGCAUUGGCUACUGCAGCUUUCAGCACUGUUGCUUUCGUGCUUGGUGCUGUUACCUCUGUUCUAUCUGGUUUCCUCGGAAUGAAGAUUGCCACGUACGCCAAUGCUAGAACCACCUUGGAAGCAAGGAAAGGUGUUGGUAAGGCCUUCAUUGUUGCGUUCAGGUCUGGUGCUGUGAUGGGAUUCCUUCUUGCAGCCAGUGGUCUGUUGGUGCUUUACAUUACCAUCAAUGUCUUCAAGAUCUAUUACGGAGAUGACUGGGAAGGUCUUUUUGAGGCUAUUACUGGUUACGGGCUUGGUGGAUCUUCCAUGGCUCUCUUUGGCCGUGUUGGUGGUGGGAUCUACACUAAGGCAGCUGAUGUCGGCGCUGACCUUGUCGGUAAAAUUGAGAGGAACAUUCCAGAAGACGAUCCAAGGAACCCAGCUGUUAUUGCUGAUAAUGUGGGUGACAAUGUUGGUGACAUUGCUGGUAUGGGAUCUGAUCUCUUCGGGUCAUAUGCUGAAGCAUCAUGUGCUGCUCUUGUUGUUGCAUCUAUCUCUUCUUUUGGAAUCAACCACGAUUUCACUGCCAUGUGCUACCCACUGCUCAUCAGUUCAAUGGGAAUCUUGGUUUGUUUGAUCACUACUCUCUUUGCCACUGACUUCUUUGAGAUUAAGGUCGUUAAGGAGAUUGAGCCGGCAUUGAAGAAUCAGCUCAUCAUCUCUACUAUUAUUAUGACUGUUGGAAUUGCUAUUGUGUCAUGGGUUGGCUUGCCUUCCUCCUUUACCAUCUUCAACUUUGGAACACAAAAAGUUGUGAAGAACUGGCAGCUAUUCCUGUGUGUUUGUGUUGGUCUUUGGGCUGGACUCAUUAUUGGUUUUGUCACCGAAUACUACACUAGCAACGCCUACAGCCCCGUCCAAGAUGUUGCAGAUUCAUGCAGAACUGGAGCAGCCACCAAUGUUAUAUUCGGACUUGCUCUCGGUUACAAGUCCGUCAUUAUUCCAAUCUUUGCAAUUGCUAUCAGUAUAUUUGUUAGCUUCAGCUUUGCUGCUAUGUAUGGUGUUGCUGUUGCUGCUCUUGGUAUGCUCAGUACCAUUGCCACUGGUUUGGCAAUUGAUGCUUACGGUCCCAUCAGUGACAAUGCUGGUGGUAUUGCUGAAAUGGCUGGAAUGAGCCACCGCAUCCGUGAAAGAACCGAUGCUCUUGAUGCCGCUGGAAACACCACUGCUGCUAUUGGAAAGGGAUUUGCUAUCGGUUCUGCUGCCCUUGUCUCCUUGGCUCUGUUUGGUGCCUUUGUGAGCCGUGCAGGAAUCCAUACCGUAGAUGUUUUGACCCCUAAGGUUAUCAUUGGACUGCUUGUUGGUGCCAUGCUUCCUUACUGGUUCUCUGCCAUGACAAUGAAGAGUGUGGGAAGUGCAGCUCUUAAGAUGGUUGAAGAAGUUCGCAGGCAGUUCAACACCAUCCCUGGACUCAUGGAAGGUACCGCAAAACCCGACUAUGCCACCUGUGUCAAGAUCUCCACCGAUGCUUCCAUCAAGGAAAUGAUUCCUCCUGGUUGCCUUGUCAUGCUCACACCACUCAUUGUUGGAUUCUUCUUUGGUGUUGAGACCCUUUCUGGUGUUCUUGCUGGCUCUCUUGUCUCCGGUGUUCAGAUCGCCAUAUCAGCAUCUAACACUGGUGGCGCCUGGGACAAUGCCAAGAAGUACAUUGAGGCUGGUGUAUCAGAACACGCAAAGAGCCUUGGGCCAAAGGGUUCAGAGCCACACAAGGCAGCUGUUAUUGGAGACACAAUUGGAGACCCAUUGAAGGAUACCUCAGGACCUUCAUUGAACAUCCUCAUCAAGCUCAUGGCUGUGGAGUCUCUCGUCUUUGCUCCUUUCUUUGCCACUCACGGUGGUAUCCUUUUCAAGUACCUCUAAACUCUACCCGAGUGAAGAAGAUGACGACAAUGAUGAUGAAGAAGAAGAUGAUGGCGAUCGAUUCAAAGCUCUCUUUUUUACCAUUCUUAUUUUCGUUUUCCGUAGGUGGUUAAAAAACCUUUUUUUGUUGAUGAGGCUCAUUUAAAGAACCAACCAAAUGAUGUUUCCUUCUCUCUCUCCCUCUCCCUGUUCUUUUUUGUGCUGUCUAGAUUUUAGAAAUCCACCAAAGUAUUUGAGACCUGUUUUAGCCAUUA